GGUGGGGAACCGGGGUUGGGUCGGCUUGCCGUUGCUAUGGUGGGCAAAGUGGUGAAGCGGCCUCGGCUGCAUUUGGUGGCGCCGAAGCUGCCCAAGGGCUUUGGUCAGGCAGCCGCGGAGGAGGGAGUCGUUACUGCGCGCGCAUCUCCCGAUAAGGUCCAGGCGUUUUUGCCCUCAAACAUCUUUGCUGGGGUGAAGAUUGACCCAAAAACUCUGGUAAAAAAGUUGGAUGCAGAUUCAAGAAGCAUUGUUUCAGCCGUAAAAGGUGAAGAAGAAAAGGUUCCUUUGUCUAAGAAGGAGAAAAUGAAGUUGCACAAGGAGAGGUGGCUGCAGAAAAUAGAAGAUAUUAAGCUAGCCAAAAAACUACAAAAAGCAGAAAUGAAGAGAAAAGCUACCCCAGUCGUCGGAGAUAUGAAUCCAUUGAUGGAAGCUUUGCCUGAGCUCUCAGACCUGGUAACCAUCAGCAAGUUCUGCAAACAGCCUAAAAUCCAGGUGAAGAAGAUGGUGACAAACUUCACUCAGAUGAAAUCAGCCCAGAAGCGUAAAGUUCUAGAGGACGACGUGGCACAAUUUCACAAAAUGCUGUCUAACCCCUUGUACAAAGCCAGCCCUCUGACAGUUAUUGGUGAGCAUCUUUCCAAAAGGCUGAAGCAGGAGAAGGAGGGAGAACCACUCUAACAUCCUCUUUUGGACGUCUGGAGAGUGCGAGAGACUGGAAUUCUUUUUACGCACAUGACCCUGGAGUUCAACAUCCCUUUCAAGUCCACUGGAUUAUUAUGACCUCGAGUGACCUCAUUUUCUGUCAACAGAAAUAAUGCUGCCAGCUCUGCCGAUUUGUACUGCAAGCUGUAGCUACAGCCUGACUUUAUUGUUUUGUUGAGAGCUCCGUGGAUCCGUGAUUAUCCUCAUCGCCCACUCUGUGUUAAAUCACAAGCCAGCUGUUGUUUCUGAGGAGCAAAGUUUAAAGCACUGUCCUCGCCACUGGUAGUAUUUGCACCAAUCCCCUGAAAUACAUUGCUUAUUUAAUCAAGGUUAAUGGCUGCUGUUCCUUCCUGUUUCCACGCACAAUUAAAUUUAAAAUAAAUCUCUUGGUUUUCUUAAAGCA